AUGAGAGCCUCACUACCCCGUCUCGCAGGCCUAGUGUCUUCAUUCCUUCUAUUUGCGAGCUUCGCAUCAUGCGAAACACCCGAAUCCCUCGCAGAUGAACCCCGUCUCUACUCCAAUGUCUCCCUCAACACAGAUACCCAAGGCUUCGCAUUCAGCGAUAACCCAGACUUCAAUCUCGUUUCUCGCCAAUAUGUCUGCUCGGCUGGAUACAGUGAAUGUGCCUACAAUUCCAUGAAAUGCUGUCCUAUCGGCAGCACCUGCUGCGGAAACGGAUACUGUGCCGAUCCCGGCGAGACCUGUUGCUCGACUGGCGGUACAUGCCGCAGCGGCUUCAAGUGCUGCUCUGGAACAGAUGGAUGUGCUCCUUUUGGUGGAGAGUGCUGCUCUGACGGUACCUAUUGCCGUGCUGGCAAGGAGUGUCGUACAUAUCUUGGACGGAAGACUUGCUGUUCUCCGUCGGGAUGUAUUGGCGAGCAUGAUUCCGUUGGUGAUGAUCUGGAUAGUAUCACGCUGCCUACACUCACGAGUACGGCUACUGCGACGGAAACGGAGACUGAGACCUCAACUACUUCUACUGCCGAUUUCGAGUAUUAUUACACGACUAUUUACUGGACUUAUUACUAUUACUUCUGGACAUCUUAUGCUCCUUACACUGUGCAAACUGUCACCUCAACCCGCACCAGCACAACAACCGUCUGGUCCGUGUAUGCGACGAACAGUCUUGAGGCUGACGUGGAACUGAUCUCCUCUUCGAGGGAUUACACUUUCUCGGCGCCGUACUCUGCUACCUCCCUGAGAGCUUCGUCUGAGCCGGUAACUGUGUCGACGGGUGCUGCUGCUCCUAGUGCUACGUCCUCUUCUAAUGAUGCCUCUUCUAAUGACGAUGAGGUAUCGGGCUCAGGAUCUCCGGGUAUGUUCCCGGCCUCUGCGGCUGGCUUGAGCUUUAGUGUUAGCGCCACUGGCUUAUUGGCUGCUGCUCUUGCUGCUGCUAUUGGUGGAUUAGCCUUUGGGCUGUGA